AUGGCGGACGAGCACGAUAUGGAGUUUCUUAUGCUUCUAGCAAACAUAAUUGUUUGUUUACAGUUAAAUGUCGCGUUGUAUAACGCCAUGAUGGCUUCACACCGAAGACAAAUAGCUGUCUUACGAACACACAUUUUAUCUGGGCCUCCUCCAGGUCCAAUUCGAGCAAAAAAUCGGUCUUGCAGACCAACUAGAAGAUUUUGGAUUCGACCUGGUCGAACAAGCGCGUGGUGGGAAAAUUUUGUGAACGAAGUUAUGUUGCCGGAAGAAUGGAGGGAGAAUUUCAGGAUGUCUCGCAGAUCCCUAUUGAAACUAAGCGAAGAACUACGGCCAUAUAUUGAGGGAAUGACGACUCGAAUGAGGCAACCUGUUGACGUCGUGGCGUGCACUUUGUACUACCUUAGCGACGAAGGUCGGCUUAGAAAAACUGCGAACGCUUUUGGUCUUUCGAAACAAACAGUGUCAAAAAUUAUAAAGGAAGUGUGUACUGCAAUCACCAAGUAUUUAGGCCCGGUUUACAUAAAACUUCCCUUAACAGAAGCUGAAGUAAUGGAAUUGACCUCACAAUUUGAAAAAGCCCAUGUUAUUCCACAGUGCCUUGGAGCAAUUGAUGGGACCCACAUUGAAAUCAAACAACCAACAGCAAAUUCUACAGAGUACAUUAACCGAAAGCAGCGGUACAGUCUGAAUGUUCAAGCUGCUUGUGACUAUCGCUAUAGAUUUAUUGAUGUCAAUGUGAAAUGGCCUGGUAGUUAUGUGAAGAUUGGAAAGGUUCCCGCAGUGCCCAAAGUGAUUGUAGAAGGAGAACAACCUGUUCCUGUUUUCCUUCUUGGUGAUCACGCCUACCCUUUAAUGCCAUAUCUGAUGAAGGAGUAUUCUGGUGGUGGUUCUACAGCCGAAGAGCAGUAUUUUGGUCUAUCUCUCUGCAGAGCGCGGAUGGUGAUCGAGUGUUCCUUUGGUCGGUUAAAGGGGCGUUUUGGCGCUUUACGAAGACCCAUGGACUUAAAUUUAGCAGAGGUUCCUUAUGUCAUCUAUGCUUGUUUUGUAUUGCAUAAUUAUUGUGAGUGCAAUGAAGAAACUGUGUCAGAUGACAAGGUUGCAUCUGCAGUUGCUCAUGAUAAAGAUGCCCAGCCUACCCCGACACCAAGUUACAGACACGAGUCCAAUGAAACCGAAGGAAAACGUGUGAGAAGAGUUCUGACCAAGUACCUGGAUCCAUAA